AUGGGUUCUCAGAGUAUGAAAGCCCUCAGGCUUGUGCAGCUAGAAGAUAUCUCGAUCCCAACUAUCAGCGAUCACCAACUCCUGGUCAAAGUCGGGGCCGCCGGCUUCUGCCACAAAGAUCACCAGAUCUACAAUGGGGUCUACAAUUCCCCCUUGCCAGUGACUCCGGCCCAUGAGCCCGCGGGAACUAUAGUGGCGGUCGGACAGAAUGUGACAGGCAGCUGGAAGCCUGGCCAGCGGAUCGGGAUGCUGAAUUUCCGGGGCGCGUGCCAUGCGUGCGUAGGCUGUGAAGUCGCGCGCGACCCCCUUCGGCCCAAUGAGCCGGACACACGGUUCUGCGAGAACAAGGAGAAUGCCGGCGUCAAUGCUGAUGGGGCGUUCGCGGAGUACAUCGUGGCCGACUCAGCCACUUCGGUGCUUUUGCCGGAUGAGGUGUCGUUUGAACAGGCUGCUCCUUUGAUGUGUGCUGGGGCUACCGUCUGGACAGGCCUCGCAGUGAUCGGCGUCGGCGGCCUAGGCUACCUCGCCCUGCAAUUUGCGGCGGGAUUAGGGCAUCCGACCGUUGCAAUCGACAACCGACCCGAAGGGCGGCAGCUGGCGAGUGAACUGCCGACUCACCUGAGACCUGGUAAAGUCGCGGACUACAAUAGUCUCAAGGCCACAAAGGAGGUAGUUGAGUUUGCAGGAGGAGGUGGACUGGCGGCUGUGCUGGUCUGCACCGACAGUGUGGACGCGACGGAAUGGAGCCUUAAGCUUCUCCGGCCUCACGGAGUCUGCGUGCCGCUGGGGCUUCCCGUGGAAGGAUUUUGGCUCUCAGCCUGUGACAUAAUAUUCAAGGAGCUGAUUGUUCGCGGGAGCUUGGUUGCGAACCAGCGCCUCUUGUCGGAUAUGAUGAACUUCGUCGCGGAGAAGGGGGUGCGAUCUCACGUACAGACGGUGAAGCUCGAGGAGGCCAUGGAUCUUCCAGACCGGUAUAUGGACCCUCAUCUGAAGGGACGGUUGGUCGUUGUUCCUUAG